CUUUGCAGAAGGCUAGGAAACGUGAGCUCAAGCAAGCCGGACCGCAUCUUGGGCGGGUGUACUACCGGUCCUGGGUGCGAAUCGCGCCAAUCCUCCGUGGUGGGGUCCACGCGGAAAUCUCAGCAUAUGGACCGCGAAGUCGUUUCACUUGGACUGCUCGUGAGCCAUUCCUGA